UGUUUACAAAAAAUAGCAAAAAAUAAUUUUAUGAGUUUUAUAAUAAAUUUUAUUAGGGCUGUUUUAGAUGCAAUGUUGGAAUUGUUCUCUUUUGGAAGGAAAGGCAUAUCAAAUAAGCUUCCAAUAUUCGUUAAAACCAAUACGGGUAAACAGAUAAGUCUUAAUUUAGAUCCAGAAUGGAAUAUUUCAAAUGUAAAGAGAUUAGUAGCACCGUCAUUAGGAAUUUCACCGGAUGAGGUGAAGAUUAUUUUUGCUGGAAAAGAGUUGGAAGACUGUACAAGAAUUAGUGAAUGUGAUUUAGGAACCCAAAGUGUUUUACAUGCUGUAAAGUCAAGAUCAAGGUCUGAAAUUGAGACAAAGUCAAAGAAAUGCUUAGAGACUUUAUUUGAUGAUGAGAAUGUUGGAGAUGUGCCUUCAAAGCCUCUAUCUUCGACUUUGGUAGAUUUACAAUUGAAAGGAGAGGAAAGAAGAGAUUCUGAAAGCAAUAUUAAGGCAAAAGCUCAUUUCUUUGUUCAUUGUCCAGAAUGCAAGAAGCUUUGUAGAGGGAAAUUGCGAGUUCGUUGUAAUAUUUGUAAAGGAGGCUGUUUUACAGUACACAGAGAUCCAGAAUGUUGGGAUGAUGUUUUAGUUCCAAAAAAAAUUCAAGGUCAUUGCGAAAGCAAAGAAAUAGCUUGCAUGUCAGACGAAGAAAAUGGACUUCCGUUUGCUGAGUUUUAUUUCAAAUGUGCUGAGCAUGGAUCAGGCGGAGAAAAAGAUUAUGCAGCACCAUUGACAUUAAUUAAGAUGAAUUUAAAGAAAGUUCCAUGUCUUGCUUGUGGCGAUAUUUCUGAUCCAGUUCUAGUCUUUCCUUGUGUUGCUGGUCACACAAGUUGUCUAGAUUGUUUUAAACUCUAUUGCAUAUCAAGACUUCAAGAACGACAAUUUAUAUCACAUAGAGAAUUUGGAUAUACGCUUGCAUGUCCCGUAAAUUGUGAGAAUUCAUUUAUACAAGAGAUUCAUCAUUUUAAGCUGUUGGAAAAAGAUUAUUACGAUAGAUAUCAGCAAUUUGGUGCUGAAGAGUUUGUUCUUCAAUCGGGAGGAGUUUUAUGUCCACAGCCAAAUUGUGGAAUGGGAAUAUUGGUUGAUGAGAAUUGUAAUCGCGUUCAUUGCCAAAAUGGAUGUAAUUUUGUAUUCUGUAAAAUCUGUAAGCAAGGAUAUCAUAUUGGUGACUGCUUGCCUGAAUCAGCAAUAUCAAAUAACAUGUCUGUAUCCGAAUUUUCUGUCAACCCUAGUCGAGUAGCUGGUGCAAGAUGGGACGAAGCAUCGAAAAUUGCCAUUCAAGUGACAACUAAGCCAUGUCCAAAAUGCAGAACAGCUACAGAACGAGCAGGUGGCUGCAUGCAUAUGGCAUGCACAAGAGCUGGAUGUAAUUUUGAAUGGUGUUGGAUCUGUCAAACUGAAUGGACGAGAGAUUGUAUGGCUGCUCACUGGUUUGGCUAGCAGUAUUAAAUGAAUCAUAGACUUUUAUAGCAUGAGACAAUAAUUGACUGUUAAUAAAAUGUUCUCAGUUAUUUUUGGCACAAACUUUCAUGUCUUAUAAUUUCUUUUUUCCAGCACAUCCAGCUCUGGAACUUAAUUUUUUAAAAUGAAAUUUCUGGAAAUUAAUAAACACGAUCACUG